AUUUGUUUAGAACUUUAGAUUCCCAGGAAUUAAUUAAAAAGAAGAAGAAAAAACUGAAGUUAUUACUCAAUUAAUGGCCUGAAUUAUCAGAUUCCUUUCAGGAAUCAGUAGCCAAAAGCUCUGAUUUGUCAGUCUCCCGACGAAGAAAAGAAAAGAUAAACUGCUUUUUCCACUUGAAAAGAUGAUUACUUUCUUGCGGGAAUAGAUAUAUAAUAGUGUUUUUUUUUCCUUCUCAUUUAUAUGUCAAAGUUAAUCAUUUUCCAUAUAAUUCAACCCUUUUUUUUCUCUGUGAUUUGAUCGUUUUCUCUCUCGGCCAAGUGCCAGCAGCCAGUCGGGCUCUCUUCUCUUUGCCUUGGCGAUCUGAUCUGAAAGAAAGAAGAGAAGAACAAAAGGGGUUUCACUUUCUCCUCUUUCUGAGUUGGGUUUUGGGCCUUUUGAGGCAGCAGCAGCUGCGAGUGUCGAUUCUUGAGAUUUCUCUCUCUCUCUCUCUGCCUAUUUCCUUUCGCUUCCUCUUCUGCUUCUGCCAUUUGGGUGUGCUUGUACAGUCAUGCAAGAUUGCUUCUUUAUGCACUCCUUCCCCUGCAUUUCUGGCUGCUGCUCUCUUCUUCUGCUUCAAACCAGUUCUGGUUUUUGAGUUACUGCUCCUCCCUCCAUGGCGUCAUUGGUUGAUGAUGGAGGAGUUGGCCCUUCAACAAAAACCAGCAAGAAAUCAUCGAUUCCAAGAGUCCCCAGUAGCCCUCCUUUGAGCUCCUGCUCAACAUCUCGGUCUCAGCCUUCUAAACAGAUGUCCUCAUACUCUAAUGGUUAUAUGGAUCAUGCGAUGAAGGGUGGUUCUGAUCAAGGAUUCGACGAGCCAUCCCACAAAACUGCUAAACAUUUCUUCAGCUCAAGUAGUAAGGAACAAGAGCCGGACUUCACUAUGCCAUCUUCUACUGUUGAUAAGAAGGAUUCAGUGUUAGUAGUAGAGUCCACUUGUGAUGAUCACGAGACGUCCACUACUACUACUUCAGAUGGCUCAAUCGAAUCUGGAACAGAUUUGGGCAGUGGUCAGAAUAACAACAACCGUGCACCUUUGCCAUCUCGACCUGUUGGAGGCCUUUGUUCGAGCCCUUCGAAUAGCGUCUAUACAGGCACAUUGUACGCAGAGGCGAAACAGAGCUUCACCAACAGUGAAGAAACGAGCACGAACAUCGAGAGCAGGAAGACUAGCAGCAUCUACAGAGCAAGCACGGGUAGUGAUGUCAGUGAUGAAAGCAGCACGAGCAGUUUGAGCAGCAGCACAUUGUACAAACCUCACAAGGCAAAUGGUGAUGUGAGGUGGGAGGCAAUCCAGGCUGUCAGGGCCCAUGUUGGAGGAGCUCUCGAGCUGAAGCACUUUCGAGCUGUGAAGAAGCUCGGGUGUGGGGACAUAGGUAAUGUUUAUCUUUCCGAGUUGACCAGCACCAGGACGUAUUUUGCAAUGAAGGUCAUGGAUAAGUCCUGUUUGGCGGCUCGGAAGAAGCUUCUGAGGGCUCAGACGGAGAGGGAGAUUCUGCAAUCGCUGGAUCAUCCGUUUUUGCCCACUUUGUAUUCUCACUUCGAGACCGAGAAAUGGGCUUGCUUGGUGAUGGAGUUCUGCCCUGGUGGUGACCUCCAUUCCCUAAGGCAAAGACAACCUGGAAAGUUCUUCCCUGAGCAUGCUGCCCGAUUCUAUGUUGCAGAGGUUCUCCUUGCUAUGGAGUACCUGCACAUGCUUGGGAUCAUAUACCGAGACCUGAAGCCUGAGAAUGUCUUAGUACGAGAAGACGGCCACAUCAUGCUCUCAGACUUUGACCUCUCCCUCAGAUGUGCUGUCUGCCCAACUCUCGUCAAAUCGUCUAAACCCAACUCAACCGUCGACUCCAAGAACUCUGGAUACUGUGCUCAGCCGUCCUGCAUCGAGCCCACCUGUGUGAUCCAGCCAGACUGCAUUCAGCCAGCCUGCUUCGGACCACGGUUCAUGUCUAGAAAGAAGAACAAGAACAAGAAGAGCAGCAGCACCAACAGUAACAGCAAGUCGAGGCACGAGGUGAAUCAUCAGGUGAACCCACUCCCAGAGCUGAUGGCGGAGCCCACCAACGCACGAUCCAUGUCGUUUGUGGGGACCCACGAGUACUUAGCACCAGAGAUCAUAAAGGGGGAAGGACAUGGAAGCGCUGUGGAUUGGUGGACUUUUGGGAUAUUUCUGUAUGAGCUGUUGUUUGGUAAGACUCCAUUUAAAGGAGCUGGGAAUAGGGCCACGUUGUUCAAUGUGAUCGGUCAGCCAUUGAAGUUCCCUGAAACUCCCAGUGUGAGCUUUGCUGCUAGGGACUUGAUCAGAGGGCUGCUUGUGAAGGAGCCACAGCACAGGCUUGCUUAUAGACGGGGAGCUACUGAGAUCAAGCAGCAUCCUUUCUUUCAGAGUAUUAACUGGGCACUGAUUCGGUGCACUAGCCCUCCUGAUGUGCCAAGGCAGGCCAUGGCGGACAUAUUGAGAGCAGAGAAGGUGGCUGCAGCGGCGGCUGGUGGUGUGAAUGGAGGAGUUGGUGGUGGGAAUGUGGAUGUGAAGCCCGCAGGUAAUUAUUUGGACAUUGAUUUCUUUUGAGUUGUGCUGUUGUAGAGUUGGGGCUUGUUGCAGCAUCCUCUGAUGCUGCUGAUUGAUGAUGAUCAAUUGUAAUGUGGGUGUCAUUUUCUCAUUGGGGAGAAAAUCAGGCUAUAUGAAAAGGGAAGAGAACCUGUGAAGGAAUGGGGGAAGAUUGUGGGAGGGGGUAGUGAUGGAUGGGUUGAACGUGUAAUCAGCUUUCAUCUCAAUGCAAAACACACAUCCAUUGUGGUUGGAAUUAGGUGUUUGGUUAGGUUUCAGACUGUCACAAAAUGUUCAUCUAUGUGCUCAAUUCAAUCAAUUGGUUCAUGGAAUGAAAUACCAGUGCAAGGUAAUCACCUAUUUAAGCUUUCAUUAACCACAUAUGAGGUCUAAUAUAUCAUUAG